GCUCAGUAAAUACGGGAAAUGACCAACUAUCAAGUGUAGAUCAUAAGACUUAUACUCUAGAGUUAUUAUCUAAUUGCAUAUAGGAAUACCUUUAGGUAAACGUGAAUAUAAUACUGAAUAAUGUCACUUCCUACGAGAUUAAGAUCUCAAAGAUGGGAAAGGGAUGAAAUUAAUUAUGGUGGAGAUUGGGAGCCUAUGAAUGAAGAUUUUGAAGAAGACGAUGAUCAGGAAGAACCGGAAGAAGUAGUGCCCAAUAAAGAAUUGAAACCAGAACGGUUUGAAAUACCGGAAAAUUCUAGUAUUAAUCAUGAUAACGAAAAUAAUAUAAUAGGAAAGGAUGAGGAGUUGCCCGCACUAGACUUGAUGGUUGAUAAGUUAGAGAUUGAGAGUUUGGAAGAUUUUCAAUUGGGAGUUCAAUUAGGUGAAGAUGGUGGAUUAAUUAUAGAGGAUCUUAAUCCUCCUACUCCUCCAUUUCCUGCUACAUCUGUAGUGUCAGUUCCGCCAAGUCCCGUGCGGUCAGAUUCCUCAGUCUUAAGUAAUGAAUCAUCAUUAGUACCUUCUGUAAAGUCCAAUAGUUUAUCCGUAAUUGGAUCAAAUGGUCAAAUUGAUCAGAAUGGUCACUCUAGUACUUACGAUAACAAUAAUAAUAAUGAAGUUAAUGACGAUAAUGAUGAUGAUUCCUUAAUUUUCACAACCAGGCGACCUGUGGAGAGUCCAGAUGAAAAUCAUGACCUCUCUUCAGAUGAAGAAGAUGUAAGGUCAGAUGACAUUCUCGAUGUUUAUAAGGACGAUAGUCCCGAUCAUACUCAUAAGCGAGCUGUUUCAGCUGGUGUCCAAACUUUGGAAUCUUUAAUAAAUGAUGUUCAAUCAGAUAUAAGAGGUGCUAGCUAUGCUGGAUCAGAUGAAGACGAUGAUGAAGUUGAUACUACAUCAGAUUCCUAUGGUUAUACUGAAGAAGAGAAUAUAUCAACAGCCCCAUUAUCUCCUGGUGAAAAGGCAAUCGAUGUAGUUAAGCCAGUAGCAUCUAUUGAUAAUGAACUUCAUCCAGUUGGUUCUACAGGGUCAUUAUCUACGGGUAAUUUUUCAAUUGACAGUAUUAACAAAGCCGAUAUUUCUUCGGAAAAGGAGUCUAGGAGGAAUUCUACCAAUACAUUCGAUAUGGGAGGUUGGAAGCCCAAUACAGAUUCAUUUAGAGGAGCAUUUGUCAAUCAAAAUUUUGCAUCCAGAAAUAGUAAUUAUGAUGAUGUUCACAGUAUACCAGCAACUAUUGAUGCUACAUUACCAAGUGUUAGUGAAAAUCCCGAUGAAGAAGAUGAACAUGAAAGUACUACCAGAAUAGUAUCUAAUAGUACGGCAGGAACUCGAAUUGGAUCUGAAACUUCAACUAUACAACGUCCUAAGUCUAUGUUACUUGAUAGUAGCAGUUCAAGAGUAUCAUCUAGAAUAACUUCAGAAAAUAUUCCUGUUCCAAUUAAAGGUAAGAAAUAUCCAGUUAGUAAUUGGAAAAAGAUUAUGUCAACUCCUCAUGGCCCAGAUAGAAUUGAAGAAUUAACUCGGGCACUUUCAGCAGAAAGUAAUUAUGAAACUGGACUUACUAAUUGGUUAUCUACCACAUUAAAACUGAAUGAUGUACCUGAAUUUGUAAAUCUUGGUAAUUUAGCUACUAAGAUUUUUCAAGAAUCUGAUAAGAGUCCUCGGAAAUUAUCCACACGUACGAGAGUAUUACAUGUAAAGGAUAAGGUUCAUGUUGCAUCUGAUUUUGGAAAGAGAUUCCUUAAUAAAGGUAAAAAGAUAUUAAAAUGAAUGACCCUAAAAUGUGAAAUAAUAUUAUAUAUAUUACUAAUAUAUAUUCAUAUACAUUUUCUAAUUUUAUUUUGUAUUAUGUAUUUUGUAU